CUGGCUAUGGUGUCUUAUGCUGAUGUUGUUGCUGCGCUGAAUUACGAGUUCACCAGAUACAGCAUGUCUCGGUGUAAUACUGGAGAUGGAUGGUGCGUCCAGUAGGGUUCUUUUCCAGAUACCAGAAACGAAGUAGCAAUCGGGGGAUAGACGCGCGGCGUUGACGAGCACGCAUGAUGGUCUGGGGGGAGGGGCUGACGUUGGUGCGCAUUUGUUAGAAAAACAAGCUGGGCGGGCCCUUACCACAUGCUAACUUUUCACUCCUGACGACAGCACAGGGAACGAGAGACUCGUGAUGCCUACCACAGUUGGUGGCCACAUUGAGCUGGGAGACGUCACCCCGCAUAACAUUCGGCAGCUGAAGAAGCUAAACUCGGUGGUGUUCCCUAUCGCCUACACGGACAAGUUCUACAAAGAUGUGCUGGAACUUGGUAGUAUGGCCAAGUUAGCAUACUUCAACGACCUUGUGGUGGGCGCUGUGUGUUGCCGAGUUGAGACGGAGGGAGACAAACACAGAAUGUACAUCAUGACCCUGGGCUGCCUCGCCCCCUACCGUAGGCUGGGAAUUGGCACAGCUCUUCUCAAUCAUGUGCUGCAGAAGGCCAGAGACCACGGAAACAUUGACAACAUAUACCUCCACGUUCAGAUAAACAACGAAGACGCCCUCGCCUUCUAUCGGAAGUUUGACUUCCACAGUGUGGAGACAAAGGAGCAAUACUACAAGCGGAUAGACCCGCCACACGCACACGUCCUCCAGAAAGACAUGAGAGGUUGUAUGACGGCUGCAGAACCACCAGUACCACCCGAGCUCUCGACCAACGUCACUGACACUGACUCCAUGGACUAAAACCCCCAUCCUCCCCUUCCCCCUUAAUCAUCUCCCGUAAAUGAAACAGCCUACAUAGCUCUGCAUGUGUACUGAACCACAGGUGUGUGCAGUGUGGAGGAUUGCCUUGUGUAAAGAUGUAUGGAAUUUGAAACAGUUUGUAGUGACAGCGUGGCAUGAUAUACAUAAUGCGGCUGCUUGCCUCCCUCGCCACAUAUCGCUCUGUAAGCAUAGCCCGAGUGCUCUUAUGUUCACAAGCAUGGCAUGGCUCUUUGACAAUUAUAUAUAUAUAGUA